AUGCCUCCACAAUUAUCAGCGCUCGCCGCGUAUUGUCGCUCAGCGCCGACGUUGGCCACUCCUUUGGCCGCAUUUCUUACGCCAUUUAUGCAAGCUCGGAGCGCUUCGAUUCUUGCAACAUUGUCGGAUAAUCCUGGGGCAUAUAAUAAACGUAUACGAAAAGGUCGAGGUCCGUCAUCAGGCAAGGGAAAGACAUCAGGACGUGGUCACAAGGGUCAGAAGCAGCAUGGAAAAGUACCAGCACGAUUCCAAGGUGGUCAAACACCACAAGACGUCGUUCAUGGUGUGAGGGGAUUUGAGAAUCAAUUUUCCGUUGACAUGUCCCCGAUAAAUCUUAAUCGCAUACAAGAUUGGAUUGACCAGGGCCGACUCGAUCCCACACGACCUAUUACUUUGAAGGAGUUGGCAGAUUCUCGAUGUUUACACGGAGUGAAGGACGGUGUAAAACUACUAGCGAGGGGGAAGGAGGAGUUGAAGACACCAAUCAAUCUCCUGGUAUCACGGGCUUCGGCAGCGGCAAUCGAGGCAGUGGAGGCGAUUGGAGGAACAGUUACAACCAGAUUCUACACAAAACCAGCGAUUAAGAGACUUUUGGCAGGCGAAUCUGUUUCCAGUUCCGUCCCACUUUCAGCAAUCGACGCCCAGUUAGUCAGCGACUCACCAAUCCUCACAGCCGUUUCUGCCGCGUCACCUUUUUCGUACCGCUUACCUGAUCCCACGAGUCGUAAAGAUAUUGAAUAUUACAGAGAUCCGGCGCAUAGGGGAUACUUAAGCCAUCAAGUGGAGGAAGGCCAAGGACCAAGUUUGUUCUUUAGAGCUCCUCGAACUGGAAGUUUCCAAAAGAAGUCGAAGAAAACAGGUACAGCUGCUGCGGCGAGGGAGAACAGGAUCUGGUAG